CAAAGGUUUCUUCUCCAUCUACAAAUAAUUUGUUUCAAAUACAGAUUUUGUAUUUUAUUUAUUUACUUUAUACGCAGUUUCAUAUAAUAAAAUAAUACUUGAAUAUAAAUAUAAUUUGAAAUGGCAUACGAUCGUGAAGUUUUGCGUAUGAUUUGGGAAGGACAGAUAGCGUUAUCUGUGCAAGCUGAUCCUGAAGAAAUUGUUGGACUUCACCAGCCGGAAAAUUUCUAUUUAAUGGUGUCCCGUCUGAGCUAUCUACCACUUGUUACUGACAAAGUUAGAAAGUAUUUUAGCCGCUUUAUAGCUACAGACCAGCAGGAAGGAAUUGUAUGGUUUGACUACAAUGGAAUUCCGUUAAAAUUGCAUUAUCCAAUAGGGAUUCUGCAUGAUUUGCAAACUGAUGACGAGAGCCAGCCAUGGUGUUUAACAAUACACUUCUCGAAGUUUCCGGAAGAUGAUUUGGUCAAAUUUGAUUCAAAAGAUUUAUUGGAAUCAUAUUAUAUGUCAUGUUUAAAAGAAGCAGAUGUUCUUAAACAUCGAGGUCAAGUGAUAUCAUCGAUGCAAAAAAAGGAGCAUAAUCAAUUAUGGAUUGGAAUUGUUAAUGACAAGUUUGAUCAAUUUUGGGCGGUCAAUAGAAGACUUAUGGAACCCAGCGGAGAACUGGAUACAUUUAGGCAUGUUCCAGUGCGUUUUUAUAAUGAGGACACCAACUACACUCAAAGACUUAUAUCACCGUUAUUGGAUAGUGGAACAAAGAAAACAAUCAGAGACUUAUUGGUUGAACUGUCCACAGCUUCACGAAAAGCAAUUGGCAUUCGAACUCAUGGCAUUAACAUUCAUGAAGAAACCCAUCUACAAUGGAUGUCCGAACACCUAAGUUAUCCAGACAAUUUCUUGCAUUUGGUAAUUUGUUAUGAAAAUGUGUAAAUAUGUAACUAAUUGAAAUAAAUGUAUUAAUAAAUCAA